UUUAUUAAGCUCUGGUAAUCUGCAAACAGAGUGGAGAUAGGCAACCAGCCAGGGCAGGCCCCCCGCCGGGCACUAAUCAAAAGCAAACAGCCCUGUCAGCAUGUGGGGGCCUUGCUAGGUGGGUCCAGGCACCUGGGAGCUAUGCAGACCCCUGCAGCACCCCUUUCUCUAUCAGCUCCUAGAGCGUACUUGCGGCCCUUAUAAAGCCCCUGGGGCCUCAGUUCACUAAGGCCAGGAAAGAGAAAGCAGAUGAUGAAGCGGGAGCUGUGGCUGCUGGCAGCGCUGGUGGUGCUAUGGGGCGACAGUGCGGCAGGGGCCCCCUGGGGCCCCACGCGAUGCAUACCCAUCCCUCCAGCCAUGGCCCUGUGCCACAACAUAGGCUACACAGAAAUGAGGCUGCCCAACUUGCUGGACCACGACACUGCGGCCGAGGCCAUUCAACAGUCGGUCAGCUGGCUGCCCCUGCUCGCUCGGGAGUGCCACCCUGAUGCCCGUCUCUUCCUCUGUUCCCUCUUUGCCCCUGUGUGCCUUGACAGGGUCAUCUACCCUUGCCGCAGCCUGUGUGAGGCUGUGCAAGCCAGCUGUGCUCCCAUCAUGGCCUGCUACGGCUACCCCUGGCCAGCCAUCCUGCAUUGUGGACGCUUCCCCGCAGGUCAUGGUCUCUGUGUUGGGGCUGUGGCCAGUGGCUCCCGCCUGGAUCGCCCAUUGCCACAGGCCAGCUGCCGAGACUGCGAGUUGCAGGUGGCGGCUUCAUCCAAGGAGGUCCUGGACACGUUCUGCGCCAGUGACUUUGCGGUCAAGGUCAGGCUCUCCUGGUGCAACAGUACGAUGUCUGGCCCCUGGGACUGUGACUUGGACUCAAGGCUGGAGGUGCUGAAAGCGGGGCUCCUGCCCCCCACGGAGCUGGCACCCACCCUGCGACGCUCACUGCAGCUGGAUGUCACAUGUGUGUACAACCUCCUGCGAGGCAGGCACGCAGGGAUCUUUGUGCUGAGUGGGCAGGUGCAGGACCAUCGGCUGCUGGUAACCACAGCCUACUCCUGGAGCCGAACCCACCGGAAUCUGCAGCUGGCAGUACGUAGGUGGCACCAUCACCAGUGUCAAGAAUAGGAACCAACCCCAACUGGGAAAGGCUGGGAUUCUGUAGCUGUGGCCCCUUGCCCUAUGCUUCCCCAAGAGAGACCCAAAAUCCUUUUUCUGCUGCUCUACCCUACUCCACCAAGGAGAAGGGAAGACCCAAGUCCAGAGAG